AUGCAGCAACCUAAACUACUAAUUUCAGCUGCAAAGUUGAAUAAAAGACUUAUGAAUUCCCGUCGAUUUAAGUCAACUUUUCUAACGGCUUUAGAAACCGCUAGCCAACUGGUUAAACCCCAAUCAUGGCUGAAAGACCCCUUGCUACUUGUUUCCAAUGAGAUGAAAACAAUAUCAAAAGAUAUUAUAAAAGUAUUAGGGUCUGGUCAUCCAAUUUUAAACAGAGCGGCAAACUACUAUUUCGAAAGCGACGGAAAAAGGAUAAGACCAAUGCUUGUGCUUCUGUUAUCAAGAGCUAUCUCUGAGAUACCUGUCGAAAAGAGAACAAGGAUAAAAAUUGAUUAUAAAGACAUUGAAUACUUGUCUGCCUAUAAGUUACCGAACCCUACCAUCAAAACAUCUAAUAGUUUCACUCCGUUGCAUCUUUUGAGCGGCAUUAAUCCUCUUUCACCUUUGACAAAAGGAACUGAGUCAAACAAUGUUGAAUCUGAUUUACAAAGGGGUAUUCUACCAAAACAAAGGAAGUUAGCGGAGAUUAUUGAAAUGAUUCACACAGCUUCACUACUCCAUGAUGAUGUUAUUGAUCAAUCUCCUAUGAGAAGAGGUAAACCAUCUGUUGAUGUUGCCUUUUCAAAUAAAAUGGCAGUCUUAGCUGGUGAUUUCAUAUUAGCAAGAGCAAUGAUUUCUGUUUCGAGGUUGAAUAAUUCUGAAAUUACUGAAAUUCUUGCAAAUGCUAUUGGAAAUCUAGUCGAGGGUGAGUUCAUGCAGAUGAAAAACACAGUCUUCAGUCAAGCUGAUGGGUCCAAUAAAGAAGGGAAUACCAAAAGUCUUGCAGAUGGAUUAAAUAGCCAGUCAAAAUCUGAUGAACAUAUGUUUUCCAAUCCAGAUGGAGAGAAUGUUUCGCAUAAAACUAUGGUUGAAACUGCAUUCGAAUACUAUUUAAACAAAACUUACCUAAAGACUGCGGCAUUAAUUUCCACUUCAUGUAGGGCAGCUGCAAUUUUGUCCGGUGCUCAUGAAGAUGUUAUUGAACAAAGUUAUGAAUUUGGUAAAAACUUGGGUAUUUGUUUUCAACUUGUCGAUGACAUGUUGGAUUAUACAGCCUCUGAAGAACAUUUGGGUAAGCCUGCUGGAGCAGACUUGUCUCUAGGUCUUGCCACAGCACCUGCUUUAUAUGCAUGGAAGGAAGAGCCAUCUUUAGGUUUACUGAUUCAAAGGAAUUUUUCCCAACCAGGCGACCCACAGAGAAUGAUAGAAGCUGUUAUAAAGUACAAUGGUGUAAAUAAAACGCGUGAAUUGGCACGUGAAUAUCGGGAUAAGGCUUUAAUGAAUUUGCGUGAAGUAUUGCCAGAAAGUGAUUCUCGUGCAGCAUUGGAGUUUUUAACAAAUAGUAUACUAACGAGAUCAAAAUAA